AUGGAACCCGCAUCGUCUCCUACCACGGCCAGAGCUUGGUCAAACCAUGGAUCUCGCAUGCGCGAGUCUACCGCUAGAAGUCUGGAGGCUACACCAGCUGCCACGAAAGUCCAAACUAUCAUGAACGUCGAAGAUGAAGAGUCAGUUCAAAACGAUACACAGUGCUUAUGCCAAUGGUUCAUUCCGAAUAAGAGGAAGAAGACAUGCCCAGAAUGUCGCGCUCCGGUGAAGCAGAUACCAGCUCCAGCCUUCCUUCACAAGGUGAAUAAUGCCGAAGUAACUGAGAUGGUAGAAAAAGAUAAGAAUAGCCCGGAAGGAUUAUUCGGAGGUUCAUUUCCAAAAAGUCAUGGGGAGUUAUGGCGCGAUGAAGCCGAUGGGGUCAUGCGAUGUCCUUCCUGUGGGCAUGAGCAUGAGGGCGGUCCAACGUGCGAUAUCUGUGGUGCGGAGUUUGACGACAUUUACGGUUUUAGUGAUAUGGAUGAUGACGGCGAUCUUUCGGAUAUUGACGUUGGCUACGAUGAAGAUGUGGACCUGGAGAUUGGAGCCGAAUUUCAAAUGGAUGCCGACAAUAUUACCAACUUCGCCGCCAUGCGCCAUAAUCCCCGCCACUAUGCUUUUGGUGGUCCAGCUCACCAACAUAUUCUCAAUCAUUACCACGCUCAUCAUCUCACUAUGGAUGACACGGAGGACGACUCGGAAGGUAUGACUAAUUCCGAUACCAGUGUUCAGGACAAUAGUGAAGAUGAAGAUGCUGGGUCACUUGAAGAUUUUAUUGCACCAGAGGACGAUGACAGCGAACCCAUUCGCCACCAACGUCGGGUAAAUAGAGUGGUUACUAUAAUAUCAGAUGAAGAAGGAGAAGAAGAAGAUGAUGAAGAUGAUGAAUCCGAGGAUGAAGGUGGUGCGAUUACGAAUCGUCGACGACGGCGACCUGGCUGGACCCGCUCUUCCGAAAACCCUUCUAGAUCCAUCUCAAUUUCGGAGGAUGGAAAUGGUAGCAGUACAAAUGGUUCGGAGUUUGGUGAUGAUGAUGCUCAUGAGACGCGCAUGAGAUUGAGAGCAUCAGGUGGCUGGAGUCCACUGGAUGAAGGAGAUGAUGAAGAUAAUAACGGUCCCCGUCAUGAUGAUUACCGUGGUUAUGCGACAGCCGAAGACGAAAGAGCUUCGGACGAGAGCGAUUCGGAGACAAUUGGUAACCCGAAUUCCGAUGCGGAAGACGAUGAUGAUCGAUCUCGGCAAGGGCUCUCGGAGACACCACGUUAUGGAAACGCAGACUUUGAACAGUUCCCUGAUGAUUAUGCUUCAAGCAUUGAUGGGGAUGCCACACCAAUCGAUUACUCCAGAGACAGAGAUGAUGCAUCAAACAAUUACGGUAGCGAGAACGAGAAUCGUUACGACUAUGACACUGACGGGGACCAUUCAACCAAUAUGGAUCGGGAUGGUGACACUGAAAUGAGCGUCUCUCCUAGUGUAUUAUCACGUUCUAGUCGAGAUGUGAGCGUGGAAAGUAACUAUGGCGAAAAUCUUGGUAUUGCUAAUGAAAUGGCUGAGGUUGAUGAUGAUUUAUCAGACACCUCUAACGACUUUAGUUCACGUCGACAGCCAAGACGGAAUCCCGUUGUUCAGCAAUACGACCCAAGAAUAAGCAUGUUGUUUGCGGAACAUCAAAAUACUGUUAGGAACGCUCGGAACCCCGAGGAUAUGAGUCCUUGGGGAGAUGAUCUCAAUAGAAAUAUCCGUGUGGAGCCGGCCUCUAGGAGUCGUCGCCGAGGUCAAAACCAUUAUCAAGCCAUGUCGAUAAGCAACAAUGGCGCAAGAAACAGUCAUCAUCGCGCCAUGCAACCGCAUGGCUCCGACAGACAGGAACAAUCGCUUGCAGAGGCAGUAUCCAAUGUAGAAAGGUAG